ACCGUGCGCUCUACAUACAGUCAGUAUCCGAUUAACAUCCUCUGUUUAUCGAGGCUUGAAGUCAACGCGUAGAAGAAAACCCUUUAACAGAAUGAGCAGGAUUUGCAACACAAAGUUGUGAUCUGCAAAGGACAAGAGGCGACGAUUGAAUUUUCUCUAUCCAAAGGUGUGUGCCUCCCACCCCGCGCCCCACCACGGCCCUCACCUGUGUGUUGCGGUGCUUCCCCUGCGAGCCGUCCUGGGCCGGCAGCCCCUUCCUGCACCGCCCCCAUACUUCGCCCAGCAACAGCAACGCCGUCGCCCCUGAAACCGCUGCUGUCUCCCAGGCAACUGUCAUCAUGACGCGCUCCAAGACCUUCCAGGCCUACCUGCCCAACUGCCACCGUACCUACAGCUGCAUCCACUGUCGAGCUCACCUGGCCAACCAUGACGAGCUCAUCUCCAAGUCCUUCCAAGGAAGUCAAGGUCGAGCUUACCUCUUCAACUCAGUGGUGAACGUGGGGUGUGGACCAGCAGAAGAGAGGGUUCUGUUGACAGGGCUUCACGCGGUGGCUGAUAUCUACUGUGAAAACUGUAAAACUACGCUGGGCUGGAAAUACGAGCAUGCCUUUGAGAGCAGUCAGAAGUACAAGGAGGGGAAGUUCAUUAUCGAGCUGGCCCACAUGAUCAAGGACAAUGGCUGGGACUGAGGGGGCUUACCUAACCCCUAAGGUUUACUGCUAGCUCAUCCACAUGGCCCUAUUCACCUGAGACACAGCUCAUGUACUCCCACAAUACACAGGUGUAAUGGUGUGUGUGCGCGAGUGUGCGUGCAUGUGUGUUUACCAGAAUGAUAAUCUCCAGUCUAAAGCAUAUACAGAUAUGCACAAACACACACACACACACAGUUGCACAGAGACGCGUGUUUGUAUUCACUCUGCAUGCUGAAGCUUUUCCAGGCCUCAGGGUGGACAGGAGCCCACAGGUUAAGGGUUAUAGGUCAUAGGUUAUGGUCUCUCUGGGGGAUGAAUGAGAUGAACAAUGACCAUGGUAAUGGACAAACAAGAAUGGACCCCUCCAACCCCCCAAGACCCACUAACCCUACAAUGAGGUGAAAUUCUGUUAAACAUUCCGUUUUUUACCUGCAAUCACCCUCACUACCCUACAUGGAUCCUUCCACAUGAAUGCAUUUUUUGGUUACUAUGUUUCAAUGGACUCCAUUGAAUUAGGAAUUAGAAUCAUUGUAUAGGAUCUCAAUGAUGGGCAGACUCAUUGAAGACACCAACCAACCAGAAUCACCAGACUUCUUGAAGCCUGAAAUCGUCCAAAACUCCUUUCAACCAAAUCAGCACCUUAUCGUUCGGGAUUGAGUUUGAAACAGAUUGUCAUAAAUCUAAUACUGCUUGAUUGUUCAUCUGAAAAACAAAUCUUUGCUGUUCUUAGUUUUUUUAUUUGAGCAUGUGGUUAAGCUAUGGAUAUAUUUGUUAAUUUAUUUGGUAUUGUUUGGGGACAAUCCCCUUUUCCCCCUUUGUUAAAAGGUAGUAGCUUUGUUGGUUCCCCCCUCACUUCCAAUGGUAGCAAUCUUAAAAAAGGAGGUGUCAUUCAAGUUGUCAUCCCUUUGCCGAUCUGAGUGUGCUAUUUACCACCCUCUGUGAAUGUUUUAGUAAUGGCAGUGUGUGAGAGGAACCCAGAUUGCACAAGGUUUACAUGUCAACUGGGUAAAGAGACCGGGGGGGGGGGUUUAGCACCCGUAGCUCUUUUCAGUCUCAAAGCAAUGCAGACAUGAAGGUGAUGCAAACUGAUGAGGAAAUUAGGCAUGUGAAGUGCCCCUUUCCUAGACGCUGAUCUGAAGUCAGUGUUGUGUCACCCCCCAUCCCCCCAGAGGUUAAGGUUAGGAUAUGGAGAGGGAAAGCUGAUCCUAGAGCUGCAACUUCUAACACGCACCUCACACAGACUGAUGGUUGUGAACUGGUGGUUCUCUGUUUACCUGGGUCUGCAUCCUCCACUGCCUCCUUGCUUUGUUUUGCUGUUGAUUUGAUAAGAUUUGAGAAUUACAACAUUUAAAAUGGACUUUCUACAGUCUGGAACAGGAGAACCAAUCAAAAGCCACAGAAUACCCAAUCAGAGGGUGUCACACAUCCCAGCACAACAACCAAAGACUCCCAUCAACAAUAAGUUGACCAAACAAUGGACCUUGCGAUUGAUUGCUAGUAUCAGGAAGUUGCCGAAUGAAAGAUUGUGAUUGGCCGAGAGCCACUGUUGAACCUUGGCCUUUCUCUGUGAGAUAAUGCAUUGUUUGGUUGCGACAAUUACAAUGUUAAUACCUGUAUAUUCACUAUGAACAUGUGCAUUAUUAUGUAAUGAUAAACAGUAUUACACCAUGUAAAUAGCCAUAUUCAAUGUUUUAUUUAUUCAAUUGAUGAUUAUUUUAGUCUAUGCUCUGCUGUCUGUCUUGGGGCCCCUUGGACAGUUAGAUUUCCUACUUUUUUACUAUUUGGAGAGAAAAAAUAAGAAAAAAAGUAUUUUGCAAAGGAAGGAAAAUUGAUGGAAAUAUACAGUAUGGAGACUCAAUAAAGAUUCUCAUUUGAUUGAUCUGAAACAGAGGCUAGAGUAUGUUUAAUACUCGCCUGGUUGCUAGUCUUGUACUUUAGCCAACCCCUUUGGCUUUUGAGAUGACAACAACCACAGGUAGCCUAGUGGUUAGAGCAUGGGGCCAGUAGCUGAAUGGUUGCUGGAUGAAAUCCCCCGAGCUGGCAAGGUAAAAAUCUGUCAUUCUGUCCCUGAACAAGGCAGUUAACCCACUGUUCGCCGGUAGGCUGUCAUUGUAAAUAAGAAUUAGUUCUUAACUGACUUGCCUAGUUAAAUAAAAUAAAUAAAAACCACAAAUGAGCUGGCUAAAACAGAAACAGAUCUGGCAACCAGGGUCAUUGUAUUGUACAUACAGUGCCUUCAGAAAGUAUUCAUACCCCUUGACUUAUUACACAUUUUGUUGAACCUGGAUUCAAAAUGGAUUCAAUAUUUCUUUCUUACCCAUAUUCACGCACACACGCACACACACUACCCCAUCAUGAUAAAUUGAAAACAUGUUUUUUUAAAUGUUUGCGCAUUUAUUGAAAAUGAAAUACAGAACCAUCUAAUUUACAUAAGUGAGUCAAUACAUGUUAGAAUCACCUUUGGCAGCGAUUACAGACGAGAGUUUUUUGGGGUCAGUCUCUAAGAGUCUCUAAGACACCUGGAUUGUACAAUAUUUGCACAUUAUUCUUUUUUAAAUUCUUGUCAAGUUGUUUGUUGAUAAUUGCUCAACAGCCAUUUUCAAGUUUUGCCAUAGAUUUCCAAGCUGAUUUAAGUCAAAACUGUAACUAGGCCACUCAGGAACAUUCAAUGUCGUCUUGGUAAGCAACUCCAGUAUAUACAGUACAUGUGUUUUAGGUUACUGUCCUGCUGAAAGGUGAAUCUGUCUUCCAGUGUCUGUUGGAAAGCAGACUGAAGAAGGUUUUCCUCUUCAGGAUUUUACCUGUGUUUAGCUCUUUUCUGUUUAUUUUUAAACAAAAAAAAAAACAUCUUAAUCCUUGCUGAUGACAGGCAUACCAAUAACAUGAUGCAGCCACCACCAUGCUUGAUGUGAUGUCUUGUUGGAUUUGCCACAAACAUAAGGCUUUGUAUUCAGAACAUAAAGUUCCUUUCUUUGCCACAUUUUUUGCAGUUUUACUUUAGUGCCUUAUUGCAAACAGUAUGCAUGUUUUGGAAUAUUUCUGUACACGCAAACUUCUUUUCACUCUGCCAUUUAGGUUAGUAUUGUGGAGUAAGUACAAUGUUGUUGAUGCAUCCUCACAGCCAUUAAACUCUGUAACUGUUUUAAAGUCA